AUGGUGAAGGCAUUAUACGGAAGGCAACCAGAAGACAUGGACAACAUGAGUUGGAAGGAAUUGGAAGUGAAGUUUGUGGCAACUAUUAGGCUUUGUCUAGCUGAUGACAUGAUGUAUCACGUCAUGGAUGAGGAAUCGUUGGUGACAGUUUGGCUGAAACUUGAGAGUCGUUAUAUGUCCAAGUCAUUGACGAACAAGUUAUAUCUUAAGCAUAAACUGUGUGAGCUUAAGAUGUUAGAUGGUUCAGAUCUGAACCAACACAUCAACGUGUUCAAUAAGAUCAUUAGUGAUCUGAAGCAAAGGAAGAAAGCCAGUGAUGAGAAUUCACAAGGUGAAGAGCUUGUGGUGAAGGAUAACCAAGAAUGUGGGAAAAGCAAGUUUGGGAGUGGACUGAGUAACAAUAAGUCUCGGUCCAAUUCCAAGGAGAGGAAGGACAUAAGUUACGAGUUUGCAAGUGGGGUAAUGAAGGUACAUGAUGUCUCAGGGGAUUCUCUUGAGGUAGAGAAGGCUGUUAGUACUUUGCGAAGUGAAGAAGAAGUUUCUCGAUUUGAGAUACCCAUCGAUAGACAAAUAGUUGUCCUGACACCUGAAGUUGCAACUGAGAUAGAUGAAGCUAAAGAAGAAUUAGAGGAAGUGAGCUCGGAAUUGAAGGAGCCAUCAUCCUAG